UUUUAAGUUCGCGAAUCGAGAUCUGUCGGUUCAGAAGGAAACAAGCUUCAAUUAAAAACCAAUAGGUGGCGGGACGAUAGCUUUCUACUUUGCAGCCAAUCAUAGGAAGGCAUGUUCGCUAUAAAGGGGAUGGUAAACCUGUCAGCCUUCAUAUUGUUCUGACUUCUGUGUUCUCACUUCUCAAGCCAUACAACAUGUCAGGACGUGGCAAAGGAGGAAAAACCAAGGGAAAGUCAAAGACCAGGUCGUCCCGUGCCGGGCUUCAGUUCCCGGUCGGGAGAAUCCACCGUAUAUUGAGGAAGGGCAACUACUCGGAGAGGGUCGGCGCCGGUGCUCCAGUGUACUUGGCAGCCGUUAUGGAAUACUUAUCCGCUGAAGUUCUCGAAUUGGCCGGCAACGCCGCUCGUGACAACAAGAAGACUAGGAUCGUUCCUCGUCACCUUCAACUGGCGAUCAGGAAUGACGAGGAGUUGAACAAACUUCUCUCCGGAGUCACCAUCGCCCAAGGCGGUGUCCUCCCCAAUAUUCAGGCCGUUCUUCUUCCCAAAAAGACAGAAAAGGGCGCCUAAAUUUUCCGCCAUUGUUUACUACGCAACGGCCCUUUUCAGGGCCACCAAAUUAUUUCACUAAAUGAAAU